AUGAGGUCAGGAAGUUAUUUUUCAGAAAACAAUGAAAGGUCUAAAAGCUUCGACAGAUAUGACAAGCAAAUGAUAAGAAAACGUCAGUCUGUACUGUCCAAGGCCAUCAGCGAGCACAAAGAAGAUGCGGAAGAAGAAACAAUAUCACUGUUACCCCCAUCAAAGGGCUUAACAACUGCUGAAGCAGAGGAGCUUUUGGCGAAAUACGGACGCAAUGAACUGCCAGAAAAAAAGACUCCUGGUUGGCUUAUAUUUGUGCGAAACUUGUGGGGACCUAUGCCUUUUGCACUGUGGGUCGCCAUUAUCAUUGAAUUGGCAUUCCAACACUGGCCCAGUGGAGCUACUCUGCUUGUUAUUCAGAUCGCCAAUGCCACCAUUGGAUGGUAUGAAACGAUUAAGGCUGGUGACGCCGUAGCGGCACUGAGGUAUUCUCUGAAACCUGUGGCAAUCGUUUACCGUGAUGGUUCAUGGCAGCGAAUGCAUGCUGCGUUUCUGGUUCCUGGUGAUCUUGUGAAGCUUGUAUCGGAUUAUGGAGUUCCUGCUGAUUGUACAGUUAAUCAUGGUGUGAUUGAUGUUGAUGAGGCAGCACUGACCGGUGAGUCAAUGUCUGUGUCGAUUGGGGCAGGUGAAAUGGCCAAAAUGGGCUCAAAUGUUGUGCGUGGUGAAGUGGAAGGCACAGUACAAUUUACAGGUCAGAACACUUUUGUUGGUAAAUCAGCUGUAUUACUGCAAUCAGUGGAGGCUGACCUUGGCAAUAUUCACGUCAUUCUUUCACGUGUGGCGUUGUUGUUGACGUUUUUUUCCUUUAUUCUCUGUGUUGCGGUUUUUUUGUAUCUGAGAGCAAAAUUUAGGGUGAAUUUUGCUAAUGCAUUGUAUUUUUCUGCUCAAGUGUUUAUGGUUUCUAUUCCUCUUAUGGUGGAAAUUGUUGUUACCACGACUCUUGCUGUUGGCUCGAACACGUUGUCAAGACACAAAGUCAGAGUGAGGAACCUAUACUCCGUUGAAAAGCUAGCUCGUGUUAAUAUGCUGUUCACUGAAAAAACAGGGAUUCUGACACUCAACAAGAUGGAGAUUCAAGAUCAGUGUUUCACGUUUGAGGAGGGCUACGACCUACGUUCUAUACUCGUGUUGGCAGCUCUUUGUACAAAGUGGCGUGAACCGCCACGUGAUGCCUUGGAAGCCAUGAUACUUGAAGCUGCAGACCUUGACGAGUGCGAUAACUACACGCAGACUGAGUUUGUUCCCUUCGAUCCGACGACUCAAAAUGCAGCGGCUACUAUAAUUGAAAGACAUAGUGGUAAGGCGUUCAGGGUUACGAGGGGUGCACCGCACGUUAUCCUUCAGCUGGUAUAUAACCAGGAUGAGAUCAAUGAUGAGGUGGUUGAAAUCAUUGAGAGUCUCGCUUCGCGUGGUAUCCACUGUCUUUCUGUGGCAAAGACGGAUUCACAGGGUCGCUGGCACCUGUGCGGUAUCUUGACCUUUUUGGAUCCCCCACGCCCUGACAUGAGAGAUACUAUUCGUCGCAGCAAGGAAUAUGGUGUGGACGUUAAGAUGAUCACGGGUGACCACGUGUUGAUUGCAAAAGAAAUGUGCCGCAUGCUGAACCUUAACUUAAAUGUCUUGACAGCUGACAGGCUUCCCAAGGUUGAUGUGAAUGAUCUGCCUGACGAUCUUGGUGUGAGUUACAGUGAUAUGAUGCUCGCUGUUGGUGGUUUCGCACACGUCUUCCCAAAGCACAAAUUCAUGGUUGUUGAAACCCUUCGCCAACGUGGUUUUACCUGUGCCAUGACAGGCGACGGUGUAAAUGAUGUGCCUGCGCUAAAGCGUGCAGACGUUGGCGUUGCUGUGCAGGGUGCUACGGAUGCUGCGCGUGCUGCUGCUGACAUGGUAUUGACUGGACCUAGUCUGAGUGUUCUUGUUGAGGCCGUGCUUGUUUCCCGUCAAGUGUUUCAGCGUUUGCUGACCUUCUUGACAUACCGUAUAUCUGCAUCGCUCUCACUGGUGUGUUUUUACUUCAUUGCUUGCUUCUCAUUGACGCCUCUCGACUAUGGCAGUGUGGAUCCUCAUUUCCAGUUCUUCCAUUUACCUGUGCUAAUGUUUAUGCUCAUCACACUUUUGAAUGAUGGUUGUCUUAUGACGAUUGGUUACGAUCGAGUGGUGGCAUCUAGGCUUCCUCAACGGUGGAAUCUCCCUGUGGUAUUCACAAGCGCUAUUAUUCUUGCAGCUGUUGCCUGUGCCUCAUCUCUGAUGCUUCUUUGGGUGGCACUUCAAGCUUAUGGUGAAGAGACAUACCCUAACUCUUGGUUCCACGGUCUUGGUCUCGCGAAGCUGCCGCAGGGUAAGGUUGUGACAUUGCUGUAUCUGAAGAUUUCGAUUUCCGAUUUCUUGACACUGUUCUCUUCGCGUACUGGAGGUGACUGGUUCUUCAAAAUGGCUCCAGGUAUUGUACUCUGCUUUGGUGCUGUUUUAUCUCUAGGUGGGUCAACAGCCGUGAGUUUUUUUCUUCCUACCUGGCGUUCUGAUGGAUUGCUGAUAGAGGGUCUUGCCACUGGCGGGAAACUAAGCGAAAAACUUCUACCACUAUGGGUAUGGAUCUACUGUAUUAUUUGGUGGAUUGUUCAAGACGCUGUGAAGGUACUUGCACAUAUAUUUAUGGAGUGGGUUGAUCUCUUUGGAUGUGUCUCGAAGGUGUAUGGGGGAAAAAAAAUUGCGCAAUAUUGUAGGUCUGUUGUAUAUCCUUCAGACCCUGUUAAGUUGUGUCUGUAUGAGGUAUCACCUGUUAAUGUGGACACUCCGCGUGGUGCAUGA